GUCACAAUCUUGGCCUCUGGGAAAAAAAACCCUCCCGGCAAACUUUCGUUUCUACUUUGCUCCAAGCAGAGCUGGGUUUUGGCCACUCCCCUUCUCUCCUCCUGCUCCCGUGCCUGCUGGAUUUCUUCCUCGGCCUCUGCCAAGGUCACCCUCACCUCCUCCUCUUCCUCUGCCCCUUGAAGUGUCUGGUGGGGCUACCAGACAGGCGUCUUGCUGGCCCUUCCACCCCAGGGAGGCCCUCGGAGCUGACAGGUGAUGUCUUCCCCAAGAGAUCCGAGCCAUCCAGGGUCCAGCCCCAUGGCCCCUGAGGAAGGAGGUCAAAUCAGCAUCCCGGAAAUUAUUCGGAAGAAACGGGACGGUGAGACACUUCGACAGGAGGAAAUCCGCUACUUCGUGCAAACUCUCGGUAGCGACAGGUCCCGGGAGGGGCAGAUCGGCGCCAUGCUGAUGGCCAUCCAUUUGAGAGGCAUGGAGCCCUCCGAGACGAUGGUGCUGACCCGGGAAAUCGCUGCCUCGGGGACCACCCUGGACUGGCCGGCAGAGUGGCGAGGGCUGCUGGUGGACAAGCACUCUACGGGGGGCGUAGGGGACAAAGUCAGCCUGCCCCUGGCUCCCGCGUUGGCCGCCUGUGGCUGCAAGGUGCCCAUGAUCAGUGGCCGGGGACUGGGCCAUACUGGAGGCACACUGGAUAAGCUGGAAUCCGUGCCAGGCUUCUGUGUUUCCCAGAGCCCAGAGCAGAUGAAAGAGAUCCUGGAACGAGUCGGUUGCUGCAUUGUGGAGCAGAGCCGACACCUGGUCCCAGCCGACAAGGUCCUCUAUGCCCUGAGAGACGUCACAGCCACGGUGGACAGCCUGCCCCUCAUCAUCAGUUCCAUCCUGAGUAAGAAGAUGGUGGAGAAGCUCUCGGCUCUGGUGCUGGAUGUCAAAUUUGGCAGUGCUGCCCUGUACCAUACUCUGGAGAGCGCUGAGCACCUUGCCCGAAACCUGGUGUCCGUCGGAAACCAGCUCGGGAUGAAAACGGCGGCCGUUCUGAGCAGGAUGGAUGAGCCCGUGGGUGCCCGAGUGGGCAAUUCCUUGGAAGUCCUCGAAGCCUUGCAGUGCCUGGAAGGAGGUGGCCCUGGGGACCUCCGUGAGCUGGUCACCACACUAGGUGGCCUCUUGCUGUGGCAGAGCGGGAGAGCCAGCUCAGUGCCCACGGGGGCCACCCAGAUCGGCCAAGUCCUGGACAACGGCGCUGCCCUGCGCACUUUCCAGGCCAUGCUGCGGGCUCAAGGGGUGGAGGCCGAAGUGUCCCGCCUGCUGUGUGAAGGGACGGAGGAGCAGCGCUUGGCAGUGCUGAAGGUGGCCGGCACCCAGGAGGAGCUGCGGGCUCCAGAAGAGGGGACCGUGCAGCAGAUCCAGGCGCUGCCCAUUGCGCAGGUCCUGCAUGGCUUGGGAGCUGGACGCACCCAGAAAGGGCAGCCGGUCAACCUCCGGGUGGGCGCGGAACUGCUGGUCUCCCCGGGGAAGCGAGUGGCCAAAGGAACUCCAUGGAUCCGAAUCCAUCACGAUGCCCCCAGGCUGAGCGAGACCCAGCGAGAAACCUUACAGAAGGCCCUGAUUCUGGGGGACGUGGAGCCCUUCACCCCUCCUGCGAAGGUGGUGAAAAUCCUUCUUCCUACCGGAGAGUCAGCCAUGCCUGGAUCCCAGUGGGAGAGGAAAGGGGUCCCUGAGAAACUGCAGGCAGAAGGACCCUGGGAGCAGCCCCCACCGAGAACAGAAUAG